AUGUUGCAGUUGUUGGACCACAUUGAUAAAACGUUUUCUCAACGCACUAUCGUGAAUGGCAGAUCGCGUCAUCAUGGGUGGCGGGAUUCUGGUCCGGAUGCUGAGUGCCGUAAUAAGUCGUUCCUGGAAUCAAUGAAGUAUGUGCGCCAGGCCCCGUGGUAUUGGGGCAAUUUGUCGUGGCGCGAGACCGAAGAGCUGCUGUUGAAGCAACCACCGGGAACCUAUCUUGUGAGAGAUUCUAGAAACCCUUACUACGUCUUCGCCAUAUCAUAUCGUACGGCGGGAGGCGUCUAUCACACGCGCGUUUCACAGUUUGGUUGCAGAUAUGGCCUUGGAGGUAUACCUAUAUCACACGUAUUUGAAGGAUUUAGUGCCUGUGAAAUAGAUACCUGA